AUGUUCGCCAAUAAAGUAGUUCUAAUCACGGGAGCUAGUUCAGGCAUUGGUGCAGACACUGCUGUUGAGUUUUCUAAGCUGGACGCAAAACUUGUUUUGACAGGAAGAAAUAAAGAAAAUCUUGAGAAGACUUUACAAAAUUGCGAAGAUGUGUCACCAAGCAAGCUCAGACCAGUAUCUGUCAUUGCAGACAUCGUUAAUGAGAUGGACGUUGAAAAGUUAUUGAAACAGACGAUAAAUCAUUUCGGACAACUUGAUAUCCUGAUCAACAAUGCCGGUAUAAUGGGAGUGGGGUCUAUUGAGGCUACUUCUCUUGAUCAAUAUGACAGAAUAAUGAAUACAAACGUACGAGGGCCGUACUACUUGACUAUGUUGGCUACACCACAUCUUGUUAAAUCUAAAGGAAACAUAGUAAAUGUAUCUAGCGUGGCUGGCAUCAGGUCUUUUUCUAACGUUCUUGCGUAUUGCGUCUCCAAAGCUGCGCUAGAUCAGUUUACAAGAUGUGUGAGUCUAGAGCUUGCCAGUAAAGGAGUUCGAGUUAAUGCAGUCAAUCCGGGUGUGAUUGAUACUGGCAUACACUUAAGAGGUGGAGUCAGUGAAGAAGAUUACGCAGCGUAUUUGGAAAAAUGUAAGGAAACACAUGCAAUAGGAAGGACAGGAACUACUAAGGAGGUUGCGGAUGCGAUUAUAUUCUUGGCAAGCGAAGGUGCUAGUAACAUUACUGGCGUAACACUGUCAGUUGAUGGUGGUCGCCAUGCCAUGUGUCCUCGAUAA